GUAUUGUCUUGUUGCAGGAGUGUUGCACCUUUCACUGAUGUCUCUUGUGAUGGUCAGUCUUAGAGGUGAGAGAUGAGGCUAGGUGGGUCAUUGUUCUGAUAUGGUAUGGAAAAUCCCGAUCUGAAUAUGCUAGGGGCAAAGAACAGAGCCUCUUUAACAGGACAUCAUUUGGAAGUGUCCGCCCGUGGAAUGGUGUUGCACCCCUCAGGGAUGUUGCCUGUUUGCUCAGCCACAAGCGAGUUCCACGCUCAUCAGAAGCAUGAGGAAAAUUAAAGGUGAGAAGACAAUCUACUAAUAAAGGGAAAUCAGUGGAAUCUAGGCAGAUGACCUCAAGGCCAACCCAAAUUCCUUAGUCUGCUGAGACUGAGCUUUUUCCCUUGGCUUAUACCUUCAUCAAGGUCUGUUAGGGGAGUUAACCACGCUUGAAUGGUGAGGGCCUUUCUGAUUGGGGAGGCAAAUACUGCAAUAAAAGCCUGCGGGUUCCUGUGUAGCAAUGAUAUUUGAAAUGUACUGGAGUGAAUGGGAGAACAAUUGUUCCUCCAAAGGAUUUCUAGACUGCUACUUUGUGUGCUACGUACUUCACUUCCUCUUUCCCUUGUGCUUUGUUUCAGUUGCAUGGAACAAUCAGUAGUUGUUUGAAAUGAUUACUCUUCCCCUCCCUCUCACUGUGUUUUAUUGAGGAAAUAGAGUUGGUACUAGUGAGCACUGCUGACUGCAGGAGCAUAACUCCAGCCCAUCUGAUUAAAGGCUGGUUAGGAAUUGACAUGACAAGACAGCUACUGCUCAUAAAUGGACUACCUUAACUUGCUCCUGCUAACCAUCUAUACCACUCCCUCCCCGUUUACAGUCAGAUUUCCAUGUGGAGCAGCUUAUCUCCGCCUAAUGUAAUUCCCUCUGAGGCAAUGGAGAACUCUGCUCUGGAAGGACACUACCGGCAGAAAAGGUCCUCAAUCAAUGAGCUGGCCAUUCUCGUUUCCCGCAUGCAGAAGAAUGCCGACCAGGUGGAAAAGGACAUUCUGGAAACACAGUCCAAGCUCAAGCAGGACAUAAGUAACUACCAGAAGAACAAGGCUUUCGAGUUCCAGCAGGAGAACGCGAAAAACCUGAAGGAAGCCGAGACUCUGCUGAAGGACCUCUUCCUGGAUGUGGAUAAAGCAAAGAGGCUGAAGCAUCCCCAAGCCAUCGAAAUAGAAAAAGACAUCAAGCAGCUCCAUGACCGUGUGACACACCAAUGUGCUGAAUAUCGAGAUCUCUAUGAAAAAUGUAACAUUCCUGAAGGGAGUUCCAAGCUGGACUGGGCCAAAAUUCUAGACCAGAAGCAGAAGCAAGUCAGCAUGGGACAAUAUGGCCCCACCAUGCCAGAACUGGAGAAGCAAAUAGCAGAGCACAACAUCCUCCAGAAAGAGAUAGAAGCCUACGGCCUCCAGAUCAAGAACCUCCACAGCCCGAAUGCAGCGGAUUUAAAGAGCCAGUACAAGGAUUUGCUGAAAGCCUCCGUCUGGCGAGGGCAGAGCCUGGGCAGUCUGUACAACCACCUGCAAGGCUGCACCAAGGAGUUGGGUUACCUCAAGGACCAGCAGAACAAAAUCCUGAAGCAGGACUGGAGCGACCAAAUGGCUGACCCGCCGGGCGUGCGCCGGGAGUAUGAGAACUUCAAGGCUAAUGAGCUGCUUAACCAGGAGGAGUAUGUGAACCAGCUCCAGGAUGACGGAGACAGGAUGAUUGAACUGAAGCACCCAGCUGUGGAGCCCAUACAGGCUCACCAGGAAGCCUUGAGGAACGAGUGGCAGAAUUUUCUCAACCUCUGCAUCUGCCAGGAGAGUCAGCUGAAGAGCGUGGAGAGCUACAGGAAGUUCCAGGAGGAUGCUGACGCUGUGAGCCAGACACUAAAGAAGCUCAACUCGGACCUGGAUACAAAAUACAGCAAGUUCAACAAAGACAGUCCCGGGGUGGUGUCUGAUUUACUGCACCAGCUGGAGAAUGAGGAGAAGACUGUGAAACAAGCUGAAAAAAGCAUCGCUGAGCUGAAGAGGAAGAGCCCAGAGAUCAGCCCUCUGAAACUGCGCAGAACCUGCCCCUCCCAACCACUUGCCCUGGACACCGUCUGUGACUGGGCCUCUGGUGAUGUGCAGCUCAGCCAAGGUGAGAAGUACACUCUGAAAGACAACAGCAACCCAGAGAACUGGGUGGUGCAGAGCAGUGCUGGGGUGACAAAGACAGCUCCUGCUGCUUGCUUCUUCAUACCUCCUCCAGACCCAGAGGCCAUUGGCAGAGCUACCAAGCUGGAAGGUGAACUGAACACAGUGAGGCGGAAGAGAGCGACAGUUCAGAACUCCCUGAAAAGCAGCCAGAAGGAGCAAGUUAAGUCCAGCCAGCAGGCACCAGUCAGAAGACCCACCGUUGCCCAGGAUGACCCCCAAGCUGACCAGCUCCUCUCUAAGUUGAAUAAGAUUGGCGGGGACUUGGUCCAAGUGGAGAAGGAAGUUUUUAGCCGGGUGAGGUCCCCAGUAAGCCACAGUGCCCCGACUGAGGACCUUAAAAAAAGGAUUAAGGACCAGGAGGGAACCACAAAGAAACUUCAGGGCAUUGGGGCAGAUAAGGAAGCCCUGCAGAAGGAGUGUGAGGCCUUCCUGUCCAAGAAAUCCACCAGCACCACCGCCUCUCAGCUCCCCGUGACUCUGAACAACGUCAAGAACAAGUAUAAUGACGUCAAGAUGCUGUCCAGCCUGUAUGAUGAGAAAGCCAAGGCUUCCCUGAACCUGGAGAACCAGAUAGAGAUCACGGACGAGAUCAUCAGCAGCUUUGAGUCCAAGCUGGCUCAGGACAGCACCAUCCCAGCCUCUCCCAAUGCCCUGCAGGAUCGUGCCAAUGAGCUGCAGAGGCUGAAGCGGGAUCAGGUUGCCCAGCAGGACUGUGUGCUGAAGCUGAACCGCAGCCUCAAGGAUGCCGAGCACAGCUGCAGCGCUGUGCAGAACAACUUCCAGGAGUACUGUCCGGAUCUCCCCCGGCAGAAGCGGGAGGUCCAGCUCCUCAACGACCGCUACCACGCUGUGGCCGACCAGCUGGAUCACCGGGAGAAGACCCUCCAGAACACCAACCUCACUUAUCAGCAGUUCCAAAACUCCAACGAGAACAUGAUGUUCUGGAUGAACAACCUGCCCAAGCACCAGGUCAAGACCACGGAUGGGCCAAGCCAGAUCAAUUACAAGCUGCAGGCACAGAAGAGGCUGGUGGAGGAAAUCCAGGGCAAGGAGGCUGAGAAGAACGCCGUGGUCAAACUAUCCCAGACCGUGCAGUCUGCUCUCAACGCCUAUGAGCUUCAGGCAGGCAAAUACUGCUCUUCUCUGGACCCCACCCUGAGUGCUUCCGCUGCCAAAAGACUGCGCGUCACCCCACUGCAAGAGAGCAUCCAGGCCCAGGAGAAUGAAGUGACAAAACUCUACACGGAGACCGCAGCAGAAAACAAGGAGCAGCUCAGCCGGCUGGAGUUUGCCAAGAAGGUGGUAGAGAAGAAGGAAGUAAAAGAGGAGAUGCAGGCAGAACAUGAGCAAAUGCAACAGUCAGAAAAUCUGGCUCAGUCAACAAGAGAAUCAAAGGCACUGAAACUGCAGCUGGAGGAAGAAAGGAACAAAGUGGCCAAGGUUCAGCAAGAGCUGGAGGAACACAGAAACAGGCUUCUGCUGCUGAAGACUCAAAGGCCCAUUGAAAGAGUGGAAGAAAAGGAGGUGGUUGAAUACUACAGAGACCCAAAACUGGAGAGCGACUUGGCUAAGAUGACGCAUCAGAUUAAGGAUGAGAGCAGAAAAAGGGACAGCUUGCAGGCAGAUAUCGAAAUGAUGAACAAGAAGCUCAUCCAGAUGGAGAAAGAGAGGAAGGUGGUUGAGACCCAGCUGCUUACCAAAGAGGUCACUAAAAUCGAGAGGGAUCCAAACCUAGAUAACCAAGCAGCUAGCCUCCGUGCGGAAAUCAAGCAUCUCAGAGAACAGAGCUCCACUGCUUCCUCUGAACUUGAACGGCUCAGGAAAGAGUUGUACAUUCUGGAGCAGAAGCAGCCCAACGUCCGAGAGAAAGUGGUAGUGAAAGAGUUGAUCAAGCUGGAAAAAGACCCGGAGAUGCUGAAGGCCGUCAGGACUUUGCAGAUGGAAAUUGACAAAGAAACCUUCAACAGGAAAUCUGUGGAGGACAUGACAAUCAAACUGAACAGUAGGAUCGAGGAGCUGGAAAGGCUGAUUGAAGUAGCAGAACCCAAAAUCAUUGUCAAGGAGGUGAAGAAGGUGGAACAGGACCCAGAGCUGCUGAAAGAGUCUUCCAAGCUUAGAACUCUCAUCGAAGAAGAGAAGAAGAAGAACCUGAUGUUAACAGGAGAGCUGGCAGAGCUGCAAAGCAAAUACAUCAUUGCAGAGAGGCAAAAACCAAAGGUAGAAGUUAAAGAAAGAGUCAAUGAGAUUUUUGUGGUAGAUCCAGAGACAGAGAAGGAAAUUACUCGCCUGAAGAAGGAGCUCCAAGAAGUUACUAGUAAAAGGACAAAGAUUGAGAAGGAGGUGGAAGAAGCCUUGUCUGAGCUGAACAUCCUCAGGUCUCAGAAACCAACUGUGGAGUAUAAGGAGGUGAUCCAGGAAGUGGUGAAACUUGAGAAGAGCCCAGAGAUUCUUAGAGAAAUCGACAGGCUGAAGGAACAGCUCAAUGAGUUGGUGAACACAAAUGGCAGGUCCCAGGAGCAGCUUAUCCGGCUGCAGGGUGAAAGGGAUGAAUGGAAAAGGGAAAGGUCCAAGGUUGAAACCAAGCUGGUCAACAAGGAAAUUGUCCGAUAUGAGAAUGACCCACUCUUGGAAAAAGAAGCUGAUCGCCUCCGCCAAGAGGUGCGCAAUGUGUCUCAAAAGAGGAGAGCAGCUGAGGACACCAUCUAUGACCUGCAGAACAAGUACAUGCUGCUGGAGAGGAGGAAGCCUGAAGAAAAGGUGGUGGUCCAGGAGGUGGUUCUCACCCAAAAGGAUCCAAAGCUCAGGGAUGAGCACAACAGGCUGAGCCGGAGUUUGGACGAGGAAGUGAGUAACAGGCGUCGUGUAGAACGUGAGGUACAGCAGCUUCGAUCUGUGGUGGAAGAGAAAGAGAAGCUGCUUAACUUCCAGGAAGAUCGAAACAAGAGGCUUGCGUUGGAAAAGGAGCUGCGUCAAAUAACCAUGAGAAUAAAGGAAAUAGAGGAAAGCCCUGCACCAGUGCAAGAGAAGAUCAUCAUGGAAGAAGUGGUCAAGUUAGAGAAGGAUCCAGGGCUCGAGCAGGCUGCUAGUGGACUGCGUCUGGAGCUGGAAAAUGAAAAGAUGCAGGUUCUGAACCUGCAGAGGGAGUGCAAGAACCUGCAGGUCCAGAUUGACAUCCUGCAGAAAACAAAAUCGCAGGAGAAGAUCAUCUACAAGGAGGUUAUCAGAGUGGAGAAAGACAGAGUGCUAGAGAAUGAACGUGCACGGAUCUGGGAGCUGCUGAGCAGAGAGAGAACUGCCCGGCAAAAUGCAGAAGAGGACAUACGACGACUCAAGGAGAAAAUAGAGAGAGCUGAAGGCAUGAAAAGGACCUGGUCCCGUGAGGAGGCUGAUCUCCAGAAAGCACGAAACCUGGCAAUCCAAGAGAGAGCCAACCUGGAGAGUGAGCUCAGGGAGCUGGAAAGGCAGAAGCAGCAGAAAGUCCUUGUCCUCCGAGAGGAGUCCAAACUCCUCAGCCAAAAAACAGAGAAUGACAGGCAAAAAAAGAUGCAGCGUGAGCAAGAACUGUCCUUCCUGGAGGCAGCUAUCCUAAGGGAGAAGGACCAGAUCUACGAAAAAGAGAGGUCCAUCCGGGAACUCCAGUCUGGGGUCAACCGGGAAGAAAAGAGCCACGAGACUGAGAUGAGAGAGACUAAUCUCUCUACUAAAAUCUCCAUUUUGGACCCUAAGACGGGGAAGGAUAUGUCUCCUUAUGAGGCCUACAAAAGAGGAAUCAUAGACAGAAACCAAUACAUCCAGCUGCAAGAACUAGAGUGCGACUGGGAGGAAAUCACUACCUUGGGCCCCAAUGGGGAUAUUUCUGUCCUGCUCGACAGGAAGAGUGGGAAACAGUACUCCAUCGAGGAUGCCCUGAAGUUUAGGAAGAUUACGAAAGAGGAGUACCAGCUGUACAGGGAUGGCAAGAUUCCAAUCUCAGAGUUUGCUCUGUUGGUAGCAGGGGAAUCCAAGCCUCCCUCCUCUUUGUCCAUUGGCUCCAUAAUCUCUAAGUCUCCACUUCCAUCUCCGACGAUGCAGCAGCAGACCCAAAGCUUCUUUCCUCCGAGCUUGCAGAAAAGCUUCUGCGAUGACAGCUUCCCCAUUGCCGGAGUGUUCGACACUGCCACCGACACCAAGUGCAACCUAAGAACCGCUGUCAUCAAAAAGAUGGUGGAUCCCAUGACCGCUCAAAAGCUGCUGGAGGCCCAGGCUGCAACUGGGGGCAUCGUAGAUCUCAUCACGCGGGACCGGUAUUCUGUCCACAAAGCCAUAGACAGAGGGCUGAUCGAUAACACCUAUAUGCAGAGGCUGCUGAAUGCCCAGAAAGCUUUCACAGGUGUAGAGGACCCUGUGACCAAGAGGAGGCUGUCUGUUGGGGAGGCAGUUCAGAAAGGAUGGAUGACCAAGGACAGUGCCUUCCCCUACCUACAGGUCCAACACCUGACCGGGGGGCUCAUUGAUCCCAAGAAAACCGGUCGCAUCUCAGUGUUGGAAGCAGCCCAGACAGGCAUGAUUAGCGACGACCUGGCUAAGAUGCUCCAGGAUGAGCCCAACUAUGAGAAGGAUCUUGUUGACCCAGUCACCAAGGAAAAGAUGAAUUACAAAGAAGCCAUGACUCGUUGCCGGAAAGAUCCUCUGAGUGGCCUGCUGCUACUCCCAGCCACCUCCGAGGGAUUUCAGUCUCAUCGGCUCUCUCAUGAGCGCUAUUCUCCCAUGUUGUCACGAUUCAGGCACUAAAACAAGCUCCAUGUUCCCUCCAAUUCCAUCAGGAUAUUAAGCCACAGUGAUACUCACAGAUGCAGACUGCCUAGCAUUUCUGGCUGCGUACUAUUCUAGUGAGCUAAUCUUGCUUCCCCAUAAUGGGGCAACAGAGGAAGAUAAGGCAUUCAUUGGGGUGAAAGGGUUCUAGCAUGGGUGUCUGCAGGAGCAGCGCCAGGGUUUUUGGCACCCUAGGCGGGGGUCCUUCCGUGCUCCUGGUCGUUGGCGGCAAUUCUGUAGUGGGGAGGGGGGUCCUUCUGCGCUCUCGGUCUCCGGGGCACUUCGGCGGCAGGUCCCGGAGCGAGUGAAGGACCUGCCACAAAAUUGCCGCUGAUGACCUAGAGCGCGGAAGGACCCCCCCGCCGCCGCAUUGCCGCCCUCCCAAAUCCUGGCGUCCUAGGUGACUGCCUAGGUCGCCUAAAUGGAAGAGCCGGCCCUGAGUGUCUGUGCCUGGUUUGGACAGUAAAGGGGAUUUUGUUUCAACAAAUAUGCUUGAGGUAGUUUAAACUGUGUGACUUCCUGACACCUUGAAGUGCGGGGAGGCUGUCAAGGGGCAAUGUGCCUCUAAGUUUGUUCAUUCUUAUGCAUGCAAUAAAACUAGAAGGUGUCUCUCCACUGCUGUAUUAUUCUUGAAAAUGGAGGAUGUCCCCACCCACCCUUCAGUGUAGGUCUAAACAUGCCCUGUCUUAAGCACCAGGGCCCAGAUCCUCAAAGGUAUGUGGGCAUCCAACUCCCUUGGGCAUUUAGGUGUCUGAUACCUUUGAGGAGCUGGCCCUAUAGACCGUAACACUCUAGACCCAGCGUAAUGUUUCCAGAAGUGGCUACGUAAAUUAGACAAGGAGGAGUGAACGUCAACGGGACUUGGGCCAAGUGCCUUUUUACAAUGCUCAGCCCCUGCUGAAAGGAAAGGAUCACUUCUUCUGCAUUUGAUUCAGAAUCAAAGCAAAGUGCUUGUACCUUGUCCUAAUGGGUGCGGGAGACUGCCAGGGUUUCUAGGAGAUGGCAAUAUGGCCGGGGGAUUGAUCAUUCUUAGCUAAGAUCCUUCUCUUCAUCCCCCACCACUCAUGCACAGGCUCUCCCUGGGGAUGGUAUUGUAUCUAGUUCUUACAAAAAUAAUUUGAAACAAUCAACUAAUUUCAACUAAUGGAAACUGCAGAUCAUUCUGCCUUUUCCAAAGGCCAGGCAACAGCUGGAUGGGAGGAAAUGUGGCCUACCACACAGAACGAGGGCCUGCAAGCCAGGUGAAGAGCUGCUGAUGUGCCCACAGAAUGCCAUUAAUGCAUGUUUUAAACUUCUCUAAUCAGCUGUGGGUUGGAAUCAGAUGCUUGUCGGUACUCACAGGUUUUACUAAUGAUUUCCUGUGAUGGUUGCCUGGGUCUUAUGAACAGGGGGCAGACAGACAGUCAGUUCAUGAACUAAGGCAGUUUAUUGGUACACCAAAGAAAACAAGAUGUACACUAGAAUCUCUGUGUUACUAACCUUACAUGCUUUCAGUCAGGUUCCUGGUCUAGUGCCUGUCAGCACUAGCGCCCACAAGCUCCUGUUCUAACCUGCAGCAGCUCACUGGCUUUUAUAGCCUUGCAGAUUCCCAGCAGUCUUGUAGCCAGCCAAUCACAGAGUAGCUCUCUCUCUAACGCUGCCUCAGGUAGCCUCCUUCUGUCUUCCAGCAGCUUAUAACAACUCUAGGGUAUUUCUCCAGGGUUUGCAACUCAUGAAGCUAUGGUUUUCCUCUGCAGAUAGUGCAACUGUACUGAAACUUCUGAGCUUUCCUAGACAGGUGAGUCAACUUUCCUUUUAGUUAAUCUGUUGGAAAGGGCUAAAAAAAACCUGCAGCACCCUUCACCCCAUGCUGCUCCCUUUCCCAGCUCACUAAGGGGACAUGAUACUGCUUUAAAAAUGUUAAAUAAUUGCUCCUUGGUGCUGAGGAAGGUUUGGGGAAUACAGUGUAAUUAAAUGUUUUUGAGUUUUGUAACUUAAGUGCUCUGUAAAACUGUCCCUCUGAUUUACUGUCAGAAUAGGAUGGGGAAACUGGGUUGGAGGCAGCAAGCUGGUGAAGCAGUCUCUGGUGUACCUGUUCAGCUUGCAGUCCCCCUAGAAGGCCUAGGUAUGAAUCGCAUUACUGACUCCAGUGCACUUUCCUGACCCAAAGAUGCUCAGAAUUGGCAAUGAACAGUUCAUUGACCACCCCUCACAGUCCUGGAAUUUCAGCAGUGAGCAUCACACCAAUAUUUCAAUCUGUUCCAUGGGGCCAGGAGUUCCCUCCAGCUGAAGAUUUGGCAACAAAGUCUGAACUGGCCCAGGAAUGAAUAUCUUAUUUAGCAGAUUUUGCCUCUUUUCUUUCUCAUGGAAUUUCCGUGAGCAGGCCAUGGGUUUCUCAGAUUUGCUAUUCAGAGGGUAAUGGACACACAUUGUUACUCUAGGAAUUGGUCAUACAUGUUUGAAAUUCAAGUUGUGUUGCUUGAUUGGGAUGGGUCAGAUAAGUCACAUGGUAUUGUCCCACCUCCAGGAUUGGAUGAGAACACAGGUACUACUCCCCAUGUACUGCUUAAAAACAAACCCCGCAUUGUCCAAUCAAAUUGAUUUAAAAAUUGGAAUAAAUAGCUGUAGAGUUCUUUUGGCAUGAUUCAUCUAUAUCUAAGAAAUACUUUGCCUCUCCAAGUGCUUAGCACUUAGAAUAUAAAAUGUCACUAAAAUACAACCUUGCACCAACUAUUUUUGCAACAGUCUUAGCUGCUGCUUUCCUAAGAGAACAGCAUUGAGGUCAGGGGUGCUGGAACAAUGUGUAUAGUGGGGGUGCUGAGAGCCACUGAACCAAACUGUAAACCCUGUAUAUGAUGGAAACCACUUCAAGCGAAGGGUGCUAGUUCCAACCCCUAUGAAUGAGGAUUCAGCAGUUUGCUCAUUCCUAAGGAAUGAGCAAAUCUGAAAGUAAUCCUUGACUGUGGCCAGCCUAACUCUCCUAAGGCAGCUGUUCCAUGAGGUCUUUUGACAAUGCGUUGUUUUAUUUGCAGUGUUGCAGCGAUGUUGGUCCCAGGACAUUGCAGAAACAAAGUGGGUUAGGCAAUAUCUUUUAUUGCACCAACUUCUGCUAGGCUACUAAAAGAUAUUACCUCACCUACCUGCUCGCUCUGGGAUUUUUAAAAUCCAGUGAUAGGAAUGAGAGGGUUUAGAUAUCCCUCCUAGCCUCCAAAUCUGCACUGUAGGUACAAGAUGGAUUGGUACGGGGAAAGAAAGGGCCAAUGGUUUAGUGUUACACAGCUUUGUGACUGCAAUUACCUUCAACAGCUGGAGAAAGACAACAUCCCUCCCGCCCCCCCCCCCCCGAGUAAUGCUGAAAGAGGCAUAGGAAUAUCUGUUAUGAAUCAGAAAUAUUGCAAAAGAGAGUACAACAUUGUACCCAGCUGGAAUGCUGAGCCGCUGGUUCAGCAUUACACUGCUACUUGACCAUAGUUCCCUUCAACAGCUGGAGAAAGAUGAUAUAGACCCCCCCAGAGUAAUGCAGUUUAAUUCAUUUAUCAGAGUCUCUGCAGCCCCCUUUUUAAGGCAGGUGGGAAAACAAAAUAUGGAACAAAGUAACUCAUCUGUCUUCAGAGUAUUUCAGAAAAUAAAACAAACUCAAACAAAGCUUUUGUUUGAAAGAAACUCAGUUUCUCCCUGCAGUAGGGAUAUCUUUAUGUUCUCUGCCCAUUCUUCUACAAAACACUAUCUGAUGUCUCAGCAUCUGACAGUUCUGACCUGAUGAAAGAGACAAAGGGAAAAGAGGAGGCCUGUAAUAAAGAAAUGGACCAGCUGGAUAGGCUGGUGCUGUGAACACAGGUCGAGGUUUUGGCAUACAUGAGAG